AUGAGCUCCUCGGCUGUUCUGACCGGGAUCGACAGUACUUGUGUGACCGGCAAUCUCUCUACAGCCUUGCUUUCCCCCUACCACCACUCCUCGUUGAUCCUGCCGGGCCAUCCGUCCAACUACCACGGCAUACAAGCACCCAUCCACGGUGCAUCAAGCCCUAGCCUGGUCACUGGUCUCGCUAUUCCAGUCAUUGCGAACGGCCGCAGAGAAUAA